AUGGAUCCAACCAAGUUCCCCGUCUCGGCGAUCCCGCUGAACCACGCGCAGUACGGGCCCAUCACGGACGAGAAUCUACGAGGCAUCAACGCGGGGAAAGUCGCGCUCGUGACCGGCGGUGCGAGAGGCAUCGGUCGCGCGAUCAGUAUCAAACUCGCCAUCUCCGGCGCCAGCAUCGCCGUGCUGGACCGAUUGGAGGACGAACUGGCCGAGACGGCAAGACUGUGCGAGGAGCACGGCGCCAGGGUCAAGACCUACGUCGUCGAUGUCACGGAUGUGGAGGCCCUCAGGGGCGUGUUGAAGCAGGCCGAGACUGAUUUGGGAGAGAUCGAUAUCCUGGUCAACAACGCCGGCGUCUCGCCCGGAAGACCACAAUGGAUGGAAUCGUUCGAAGAUUUCUGGCGCACCAUCGAGAUCAAUUUCAAGAGUACCAUGGUCACGAGCUGGUACCUGCUCCCCAAGUUCCGGGACCGCAAGGCCGGCGUGAUCAUCAACAUUGCGUCGCGCGCCGCCACGGUCGAUUUCCCCUUCGCGGUGGGUUAUAACAGCUCGAAAGCGGCCGUGGCGCGCGCGACGAGCACGUUGCAGGAGGAGGUCGAGCUGGACGGACUCGGCGACGCGAUCCAGCUUUAUGCUCUGCACCCCGGCGGUGUGCCUACUGCCAUGGCCAAGAAGGAGAUCCGGCAAGAACUGCUGGAAAGGUAUCCCGCUCUCACGCAGCACGGGACCGAUUUUCAAGCCUUGUUCAAAGACCCGCCGGAACUCUGCGGCGCCACCGUCACGUAUCUUGCAGCGGGCAAGGCCAAGGAGUUGAGAGGUAUGUAUUGGGAUUGUCGGCAGGACAUUGAACGGGUCAAAGCCUACGGCCGGGACAAAUUACAACAGGAAGGCAGGUAUACGCUGAAGAUGCAGUUUUUGGACGGUUAUGAGAACGAGCCGUAG